CGGAACUGCAGAAAGCAGUGCCAUUUCGGAAGUGGUUUCCAAUUUUUUCUCCAACGCACAGACUUUUCGCAAACCUUGCUAUGUCUUGAUGAAACGUUGCCCGUGAUUGGGAAGUUAAACUAUGGAAUCAUUUCACGAAGUGGGAUCUCGUGUGUGGCUUCUUGAGGGGAAAGACUGGGUCCCUGCCACUGUAACAGAAUCAAACGGGGGACAAGUUACUUUCCGUACAGAAUAUGAUAAGACCUAUAAUAUUGCUAAAGAGUCACUAAACAGACAGAAUGUUACAGCAAUGCAUCAGACCAGUGUGGAAGGAGUGGAUGAUAUGGCCAACUUAGGUGACCUCCAUGAUGCUGCUAUCCUGCACAAUCUCCAUCUCAGAUUCACCAGUGACAAGAUAUAUACCUACAUUGGAUCAAUAUUGUGUGCAGUAAAUCCUUAUUAUGUAAUUGAAGGACUCUAUGAUAGAUCAGUAAUGGCAGAUUACAGAGAAAGGCAUAUUGGUGAGCUUCCACCCCAUGUGUUUGCUAUUGCAAAUGAAUGUUACUAUUCCAUGUGGAAAAAGGGAGAAAGUCAAUGCAUACUCAUAAGUGGUGAGUCUGGAGCAGGCAAGACAGAAUCUACAAAGUUUAUACUAAAGUAUUUAUCAGAUGUCAGCAGAGGAACUGGGGAAUUGGAAAAUAUCCCAAAUGUAGAUGAUGCCAUUCUGCAGAGCAGUCCCAUCAUGGAAGCCUUUGGAAAUGCAAAAACUGUUUACAACAACAACUCAAGUAGAUUUGGAAAGUUCAUUCAACUGCAGUUCAAUGCCAAGGGUCAAAUGGAUGGAGGAAAAAUAAAUGACUUCCUUUUGGAGAAGAAUCGUGUAGUCAGACAAAAUCCAGGUGAAAGAAAUUACCACAUAUUUUAUGCCCUUCUGGCUGGGGCAUCUGAUGAACAAAAAAGUACAUUGCUUCUUAAUUCUCCGGAGAAGUAUUACUACCUGAAACAGAGUGGUUGCUAUGGAGAUCCAUCGAUUAAUGACAAGGACGAUUUCAACAAUGUCAUGAAUGCUAUGAAAGUGAUGUGCUUCACGGAAGAGGAGAUCUCUGAUGUCCUACAAGUCAUUGCUGGAGUCCUACAGCUUGGGAAUGUUCAUUUUCUGGCUGCGGGCGGCGCACAAGUUUCCGAGAAAAGUGUCUUAGAAAAUGUGGCAAACCUUCUUCGUGUGGAUAUCUACGAGUUAACGGAUGCUUUGACGCAGAAAUCAAUGAUCCUCCGAGGCGAAGAAAUCCAGUCACCGCUCUCUGUUGAACAGGCGUUGGACUCUCGAGAUUCAAUGGCAAUGAACCUCUACGCUUGCACAUUUAAAUGGCUCAUCAACAAGAUAAACCAAAGGAUCAAAGGGUCUGAUCUCUUCUCUUCCAUCGGUGUUCUAGAUAUCUUUGGAUUUGAGAACUUUGAUGUUAACAGGUUUGAGCAGUUCAAUAUCAACUACGCCAAUGAAAAGCUUCAACAGUACUUCAACAAGCACAUCUUUUCUCUGGAACAGCAUGAGUACAACAGGGAGGGGCUGGAGUGGGCAGAUAUUGACUGGGUGGAUAAUGGGGAGUGCCUGGACCUCAUUGAAAAGAAACUUGGUGUGCUGGCUCUGAUUGAUGAAGAAAGUAACUUUCCUAAAGGAACCGACGGAUCCAUGUUAGACAAACUUCAUUCAAGUCACGAGGGAAACACCUUUUACGUGAAACCACGGGUGGCAAACACAAAGUUUGGAAUCAAGCAUUAUGCAGGAGAGGUAUUUUAUAGCACCAAAGGUUUUCUGGAAAAGAACAGGGAUGCUUUUCGAGACGAGAUCCUCAAUGUUCUAAUGCAGAGCAGGUCGGACUUUAUUUACGACCUCGUUGAACAACUGAAACCCUCUGUACCGACGGCAGGAACCAAGAAGUCCUCAAGGAAGAGACCGACUGUUAGCUCACAGUUCAAGACAUCCUUAGCAUCACUUAUGACCACACUGAGCCAGUCGCAUCCCUAUUUUGUACGUUGUAUCAAACCGAAUGAAAAGAAGCUGCCACAGUUCUUUAACCCCAAGCUUGUUCUCAAUCAAUUGAGGUAUUCAGGAAUGCUGGAGACUGUUCGGAUUCGUCGAGCUGGGUAUCCUGUAAGACGAACCUAUGAGGACUUCUUAUUCAGAUACAAAGUGCUUUUCCGUGGGAAGAAUUUGUCUGGGGAUAAAAGUGAUUGCUCCAUGCUCCUUCAAGAGUUUGACACCGAGAAACAGUCCUUUAAACUUGGGAAUACCAAGGUUUUUAUGAAAGACAACUUGGAAUAUACGAUAGAGCGGAUGAGAAAUGAGCAGUUGGAAGCUGUUGCAAUGCUUAUCAAACGAAGAAUCAUUGGUUACCUUCAACGGAAGAAAUAUCUAAAGAUUCGCCAACACAUAAUUUUGAUUCAAAAGAACUACAAGGCCCAUUACUAUCGCAAACUUUACCACAAGAAGCGGUUGGCGGCUAUUGUCAUUCAAAAGUAUGAAAGACGACGUACGGCUCAAGCACUUCUCAAAAGACUCCUCGAGGAGAAAAGAAUCGAAGAGGAACGGAAACGAGAGGAAGAAAGAAGAAGAGAAGAAGAAAGAAGGAGAGAAAUGGAAAGACUCGAACAGGAGAGAAAGAUUCAGGAACUCGAGGAACUCCGUCGAAAGGCCGAAGAAGAAGCCAGGCUUAGGAGGGAGGAGGAAGAGGAAAGACUUCGAAAAGAAGAAGAACAGAGACAAGCGGUGUUGGCAAAAGCAAGAGAGAUUGAAGAGGCGAGGAGACUGGAAGAAGAGGCCAAGAGGAAGGCAGAGGAAGAAGCUCGCCGAAAGGAAGAAGAGGAGAAAAGACUUCGUGAAGAAGAGGAAGCCAGAAAGAAAGCAGAAGAAGAGGAGACACUUCGUAAAGAAGCUGAGGCUGAGGCGGCAGCUCAGAUUGCUGAGUUAGACAGACAGCUGAAGCUGGAGGAUAGUGAUGAAGAAGAUGAAGAUUCAGAGGAGGCCUGGGAAAGACCACCCAGUUUGUACGAGACUCAGGAUCUGCCAAUAAGAGAGGGUUACCUCAUGAUGAGAGGUGGUUUACUGAGUUUGUGGAAGAAGCACUGGUGCGUACUGAGAGACGACACUUUCAUGUGGUUCAGAGGAAAGCAGGAUGCUCUGAAAUGUGGCUGGUUAAUGAAGAAAGGUGGCGGAACAACGACAUUAUCAAGGCGCAAUUGGAAACGCCGAUGGUUUGUGCUGAAGGACAAUGUUCUGACUUAUCAUGAGAGUGACCAGGAAGGAUCCAAAAGCCUGGGAACCAUUGACAUCAGAAAUGCAGUACGCAUUGUGGACGAUGGAGUGAAAGAAAAUGGCUUCAGUAUUAUUACAGAGAAUAGGACAUAUCACGUGAUUGCAGAGAGCACCAAUGACUGGAACCAGUGGUUCAACGUUUUAAAUCGUGUACAUAGGGCUACCGAAGAAGAAUUGAAAGGAAUGAGAGAAGAGUCAGCUAAUGUCAAACAUGCAGUGGGCACUAUUGAUAUAGCCAUGAUAGAGUCCUGUACACCUGGUGGAGUCGCCAACAAAGCCAAUUCGUUCACUCUCAUCACCGCGAAUCGUGUAAUGAACUUUAUCACAGAUUCUCCCGAGGAGGUCAAUGGAUGGGUGGAAGCUAUACAACAGUGUAAGGAGCACGAAAUCGACGAAGGUGUGGCUGAUACGAUUGAGAGAGGCUGGCUCAUUAAAGAGGGCGCUAAUGACGAUUCGAGACGAAAGAGGUGGUGCGUUCUGACAGGAAAUUCACUUGAUUACUACAAAUCAUAUGUGAAAAACAGCCCCAAGUUUGGAUCUAUUGUCUUGAACAGUCUUUGCUCUGUUGUAUCGCCAGAGGAACGUGAACCAGGUGACUGGACAUUUAUCGUAAAUGGCAGAAAGCGAUCGUACGUUCUCCAUGCAAAACUUCAGGAAGAGGCAAUCCGUUGGGCGAGUGAAAUUCAAGAGGUAAUAGAUUCUAAACCACCAGUUGAAACAGCUUUCGAGAAGUUGGUAUCAGAGUUAAAGAGCACAAUGACUGAGAGUGAAGCCGACCAAGUGUACCGCACUAACCCGGUGCUGAAGUAUUCCAAGAUACCACUCAAGGCUCCUUUGCUACCCCUCCCCUAUGGACAAUCACAGUCCUCACGAGCAAAGGGUAAAGGUUAUGGCACCUUCCAUGAAGAGGCUGUUGGAGUUUUUAGUUCACUGCUGGAACAAGAAUCCAUUGCAGAUCCUAUCCCAGUUAUUCAAGGAAUCCUACAAACUUGCCAAGACUUGAAACCUCUAAGAGAUGAGGUGUUCUGCCAGCUGAUCAAACAGACUACAAAUCACCCUACUCCUGACUCCAUUGGAAACCUCAGAAACAUGCAGGUGUUGGUUUGUAUGUGCUGCACAUUCGUCCCAACCAGAAAGUACCUUCGAUACUUGAGAUUUCACUUGAAAAGAAAUAGAGAUAAACAUCCCGAUACAGAAAUGGCCAAGUUUGCAGUGUUUGCCUUAGAAUGUAUCAAGAGAACCAGACCAAGGGAAUUUCCUCCUUCAAGAGAAGAAAUCAUUUCUCUUCUGGGCCGUCGAGAGCUCUCGGCUGUUGUUCACUGCUAUGGCGGAGGAUCAUGUAAGAUUACAAUCAACUCUGCCACUACAGCAGGAGAGGUUGUCGAGAAGUUGUGCAAGGGCUUGAAUAUCCCACAGAGGUGUAACAUUUUCACUCUGUUCGAGCAGUGCGGCACGAUAGAGAAGAAUAUCGAAGACAGAACUGUGCUUGCAGACGUCUUGUCCAAGUUUGAAAAGUACAAGGCGUUAGGUCUGACCGAAGCAGGCUAUUCAUGGAAGCUUUUCUUUAAGAUUUUUUGCUACCUUCAACCCGAACUGGUGGAAGUGGACACUAUUGAAUAUGGAUUUCUUUAUGAACAGGCUUGUGACUCGAUCAUACUUGGUAAAUACCCUGCUCCGGAUACCACUUUGUACCUUCUCGCUGCCUUACGGCUUCAGUUCAAUGAAGGAGACUAUAACACUGGUGCUUGGGUAUCUGAUCUGAACUCGGUUUAUCCUCCUGGGAAACUGAAACAGAAAGUAAAGACGGAAAACAGUGGUAUCACAAGAGAAAGACACUUCAGCAUCAAGGGAACAAUAAGGAAAGCCGUCUCUCCUUUCCGAUCAGCUGGUGGACCAGAAAAUGGCGAGGAAGAUAGCAAGAAAGCCACUGAGGAAGAGCUUUCGUUUAUAAAGAGUUCUAUAUGUGAGCAGUGGAAAAAACUUGCUGGCAUGGAUCAAGAACAAGCUCAGAAACAGUACAUGGAAAUACUAAGAAGUUGGCCUGGUUAUGGUUCCACCCUGUUUGACGUGGAGACGAAAGACCCAGGCUUUCCUCCCGAACUCUGGCUGGGUGUGAGUUUCAAGGGCGUGGGUUUCUACAAGCGAGGAGACGUCAGACCACAGUGUCAAUUCAGUUAUGAAAAUAUUUUAUCAUUUGGAGCUCCGGCUGCCAACAAGUAUAAGAUCAUCGUUGACGGGAGAGAACCCAUGUUGUUUGAAACAUCUCAGGUUAUCGAGAUUGCCAAACUGAUGAAAGCAUACAUUAAUCAAAUUGUCAAACUACGCAGAUCAAGCUACUUCAGUCAAGCGUCAGAAGCCUCGGACUCCUAGUUUUGAAAACUGAUGCGAGUGUGAAAAGCUGUUACCAUACGGUUUUUUCCUUUUUUUCUUUCUUUUUCUUCAAAAAUAUCAUCAGCUCUUAAGUCUCACCAAAUGGCUCAAUUUUGAAUAUAUUGGCGGGGGAAGUUGUAUAGAGUGCAACAGGUUCUUUGGGUGUAAGGGUUAGAAACAAGUUAUAGUCCAAGUAAAUGCUCCAUAAACCAGCUGCAGUAUGAUUGCAGCAUCAAAGCCGGAAACUCUUCAUCUCUCUUUCAUUAUUUUUCCUGUAGUAAUUUUCGUCAGUUCAGGUCGUUGCUAGAGCAGUAGAACAUUGUACAAGACAUUAUCCAAUUCAACCCAAUUUACUUGAUGUAAAAUCCCUUUACUUCCCCUUCAUGGUUUAGUAAUACACACACCUAUUGCUACUGCUUCCCAAGUAUCAGAAGUGAUCAAUCAGUUUUCUUAUUUGGCUUAUAACUUAAUCCGUUGCUAAGCAAACAAUUUAACAUAUCAAUGGUUUUUUAAAGUAAGAUAAUUAAAGAGCUUACAUAUAUAAAUGCUCAGAUCUUUUAGUACAGUAAUUUAAAAUAGCAAUCCUUGAGAAUUGAUAUUUUAGAGUCCUAACUGAAAUCUUGCUAAGGAAUGUGGGGACGAAAGUAAAUAAAUUUGUCUGAAAAUAAAGUGUAAGCACUUGGAGUAUUUUCCAAGUUAAUACUCAAAUUUUAUAUGGACUCAUAUAAAAGAAAAAAAUAUUUUUGUCAGGGGGAAAAUAUCUAAUUUGUCCAUCAUGGGAUACAUAGCUCAUUUGAGCAUUUAAUUGUAAUUGAAUAUGUGUGAAGUAAGUUUAUUACAAUGUAAGUGAAGCUAACAAUGUGCCUCAUGUAUAAUUUUAUACACUAGUCAUAAUAGAUAUUAUGUUUUGAUAACAAAAUUGAGUAUAAUCCACAUUCUUUGCUAUGUGAAUGUGAAAAUUGCAUGAUGAAAGAGUAAUAUUCCUUUGAAUUUCAUCAGUGUCAAAAAAUUGUCGUAAUGCCAUGUGUAAUCAAGAAAACAACUGUUGUCAAGUCUGCAUGCCUUUUCCAUUAGCCAAACUGAUUUAAGUAACAUUCGCGCAUGAAGUCCUCAAUCACUUGCAUGGCAAUCAUCCAAUCUUAUCCCAGAGGGUGCAAUUGUUUUGACAAAAACAAGAAAAUUGUGAAGUCUGGGGAAUGAAAGAUUGCAGAUGAGCAUCACAAUGACAACAGUAAAGUUUUCCUUCAAUGGGAAGUUUGCUUUAUAAUAAGGAAUGAAGAAUUCAUGGUGAGCCACUUUCAUAGAUGCUGUAGUUCCUAAUUUAUAAAGAAAGGGAGGCAGUAGUGAUAUUAGAUAAACUAGAUAGCAUGUUAAUUUCCAUAACAGUUGUUAAAAUUGCAAUUGAUGCACUUUUUUUUAUCUUACUAUUUAAUUCAAAUUGCUUUGUGAACAGUUUUAUAAAGGAAUAAAUGUGACAAGAAACUUUA